AUGAAAAGGGGAUCGAAUAGAGGUCCAAAGGAUUCCCCUGGCUUCCGAUCCAAUAACAGAGGUCGUGGGAGGCCAUAUGAAUCGAGACGGACGAACAAUUCGCAAAGAUAUCCCAACGAUGUUGAUAGGUCGAUGUACUUCCUUCCACGGCACCUACAGGAAGCGAACCCUUGGGAGACGGUAGGGCCAGACAGUGACGCCGAUCGAGAUGUUGCGUGCAGCGAUAGAUCUCCUCAGGCCUAUGAAGACAGACCUAGCGAUUACAGGAAUUGUGACAGGUCUAAUGAUUACAGGAAUACAGACAGGUCUACUGGUUACAGGAAUACUAUGUAUCGCCGUAAUUCGCGUGAAGAAGACGAAUAUGUUAUGAAUGAGUCCUUCAGACGUGACGAUUAUCGCGACUCUGACCGUCGUUCUGGUAGACGGUACCACCAUGAACGGGGCGACAGUUAUGACACGUGCGAUAACUGUCGAUUUGGAGCAUGGCCAAGAUGUUCCUGUGCUAGAAAUAGCCCGAACGCCAGAGGCAACCGCGACCAUCGUGGACGUGAAUCGGCAGCCCAGUGGUACGAGAAAUCCACGAAAUGCGAUUGUGGGCGACCAUACAACAUGGAGAGUGAAGAUGACUGCUGUUCUUAUCGAAGUCGUGAUUGCUCAUCGCCAAGGAGACUUACACGUGAAGAAUGGCGACGAUUGGAAAGAGAAGAAUACGAACGUGAACGACAUAUGAGUGACUACCCACCUCGUUCUGGCCGUUACGAUAGUCGCCGUCCUCCUUUCGAACAUCGUUCGGGUCGUGACGACUAUAACUACGAUAAUCGUGAAAAUAAUCGUCGUCCAAGGUUUGGGCAACGUAUAAAGAGUGAAUGGAGAGCAGAAGACGACUGUCCCCCUUGCGAUUCGUACUCUUCUUCUGACAGACGGUACAUACCUGAUGCAAGAAACAGAACUGAAUACACAAGCAAUUUCAAUGGUGGUCGCGAAAAUCCACGCUAUGGCCAGAAUAAACGACGAAACGGAAAUCGGGACAAUAGGAAGUUUGAAAGGGGAGGAAAUCGUGGUUUUGGAUCGCCGAGAUCUGGGUCAGGUUCAGUUAGAAGUGGUGAAUUUAAUCAAUGGUCACAAGAAGGAGCUGAGCGAGAACACAACAUAUCAAACGAAAUGGAAAAGCUGAACAUCAGAGACGCAUCGCCUUCACGCGAGAAGAAGGUCAAUAUUGGUUUCCGACAUGAAAAUGAACGAAGAGAAGGAAAAGUUUGUACGGUCCAGAAAGCCCAGGCCCGUAACGAAGGACCAUCUGCCGUAGCCGACGAUUCGAAAAAUUCGGAGACCGAAAGCGAAGGAGAGAAGCCGCGGUUCAGUGCGGAAUCUGGUUGUGACUCUUCGCCUAGUAAAGCUAGUGUGGUCGAACCGCCAGAGGUUGGCGUGAUCCUUGCUCCCAAAAAGGAGCCAGCAUCGAGAGCGAACAAAGAGCGGGUGAGACUGCUGACUAAUUUCUGGGAAGUGAAUGUUCAAAGCAAAAUAGUCUACCGCUAUGAUCUGGCGGUGUAUCUAGGAACUCCUACAAAUGAGAAAGCUGUUGACUGCCUACGUGGUGAACGAGAUGAUUCUGCUGUGGUGGCGAGACGAAAACUAUGCCUGCAAGCUCUUCAUCAUGCCAUGCAGUUGUACGGUAUAAUUAGUAAAGGAGAAGCUGUCAUCCAUGAUGGCGCCUCCAUGAUGUUCUCAUCAGAAGAUUUGGCCCACGCCUUGAAAGAGCAUAAUGGAGUCCUAAAGCUCGACAUACCGAAAGAAUUGCGAGCAUUAAUCCGUCGUGUAGAUGUUUCUACCUUGACCAUUGAAAUAACACCUUGUCGUGAAGCCGCUGCUUCGUUUGACAUUGCGGAUUUAUCGGCACAAAAGAAUCGCAAUUGGGCUAUUCUCGAUCGGUCAUGGAAACAGUUUUACGAAUUGCUUACCAGUCAGGAUGCGACAAUAGGAGGCCAAUUUACUCAAUUCGGUGCUGGCUGUCUGUAUAGUCCAGAUCCUUGUGAAAAUGUUGGUUACGGUUUCCAAAGGCUUCAUGGUGCACGGAAAGGUAUCAAAUUCAUCGAAGGAAGACGAGAUCAACCGAAUGGAGUUGUUGCUGCAAUGAUACUCGACCAUCGUGUUGGGCUCUUCUACAGAAGUCAAAGCCUGAUGACUAGUGUUCGCGAGAUAGAUGAUCUCCAAAAUGUGGCUAGUUUCGAUUUUAGCUUUACAUACUUCACAAACAAGGAUCGUAAACGUAUGAAUCGUAAAUGGGUUGAAGUCAAUGAGUACGUCAAAGGCGUGCGCAUGAUCUACACUGGCACAGCAUCAAAUCCGGUCAGCUUUGUGGCAGCCGGAAUCACCGAUGAGCCCAUCAAAAAACUUAAAAAUAUCUUACCGAAUAACGCCAAAACUGAAGUCAGUGUACUGGCAAAGUUUGCGGACACCAAAGUGGCUAUCAAUCCAAAUUGGCCUGCAGUCAAAUGGCGUGUUCGAGGUAGAGAAGAAUAUUUUCCAAUGGAGUUGCUUCAAGUGGAACCUAAUCAGAGAGUGCCGCUGGAAAAACAGGCACAUGCAAAGUCGGCCAAGAAAGCGGACAAGCCAGAUGUUCGAUUGCAAAGCAUCUACAACUUACUUGAAGCGCUCAAUCUUCAUGAUAAUGCAUCUCGAAAUAAAUUCUUAAGAGCAUUCGGUGUUUCUAUAAGUUACUUUCCGAAAAGUGUCGAGGGUUUUCGACGCCAAGCACCUCAGAUUACAUACGGUGGCAACCAUCCAUGUGCAGUGGACAAGGCAAAAUAUAAUUGGCGAGAAAGCUGGGAUACGAAGUAUGUCAGAGGUGGCAAGGUUGACCGUAUCAUUGUUGUUCACAAUGAUCGAAAUAUGCAAAAAAACGUUGAAGAUCCGCUACAAAGGCUAUUCAAGAACAGGGGUGUUCAGUGUGGCGAUAUGACAUUCGUCCCUUUGGAUUAUAGAAAAGACUUGGAAAUGGAGAAACAACUUGAAGAGGUGAGCUGUUCAGUGAAGUCCAAAAUUACGUGA